UAUUCAAAUUACACUCCCAACUACUGCUCUACCAAAUCUUUUUAAAUGAAGUGUUUUAAUUGGAUUUUUAUACAAUUAUUGUUGUACUAAGUUGACUAUAUUUUAUUUUCUAAGUCUUCGCUUGUUGAUUAAGCUAAAUCCAAGAUUGAACAUACAUUAAAAAAAGAUGUAAUCCUUAUUACAUGUUCUACUUUGAGAAAGAGAGCAAGACCAGGCAAAAGAGACACAAAAUCGAUGGCAGAACAGAGCUCAGUGAAGCUACAUGGAAUGUGGGCAAGCCCUUACGUUACGAGAGUCCAACUUGCCCUUAAAUUGAAGGGUGUAAAGUACGAGUACAUAGAAGAAGAUCUACAAAAUAAAAGUGAAUUACUCUUACAAUAUAACCCUGUGCAUAAGAAAGUGCCUUUUCUUGUGCACAAUGGUCGACCCAUUGCAGAGUCAAUGAUCAUCCUCGAGUAUAUUGAUGAGACUUGGACCGAUCCCCCGUAUCUCCUGCCUAAGGAUCCUUAUCUAAGGUCCAAACAUCGAUUUUGGGCCGCCUAUUUACAACAGGUGGCAGAGGAAUUGGGUAAAGUGCUGCAAAAGGAAGGCAACCCAUCAGAAGACAUGACGAACGAGUAUCGGAACAAGAUGGACAUGGCAGAAGAAUUGAUCAAGGCUGAGCUAUUCCCUAAUGGCUGUCCAUCUUUCGAGGAUGCGAAACCAGGAUACUUGGACAUAGUGUUGUACUCUUUAUUAGGAAGCUUUGAUUAUAUUGCGGAAGAGCUCUUUGGGUUUAGUCCUUUCACUGAAGAAAGGUACCCAUUUUUGGCAUCUUGGAUUAAGGCAUUGAAAGUGGUUCCUCAAGUUAUAGAAGUAACGCCUCCAAAGGCUAAGGUCAUUGAGCUUCUUCGCGCCAGGCGACAGAUCAGAGCGAGUAACCUCCAAACAAAGGCGUAAUUGAUCAUUAUCGAUUAAUUGAUUGAAAACUAUUGUGAUUUAUAAUGUUUGAGGGAUUAAGUACAUGAGCAGUGAGCUUGGAGAAUAAAUUAUGUGUUUUUAAUUUGAGUAUUGUAAUAGCUAGACAACUGAAUGUUUGUAAUAAAGGUUUUUAGACUAUUGAUUAAUUAAUGAAAUUAAAGUGUUGAGUGCUACUAAAUUAGUUAGUUUGAAACAUAU